AUGAGUGCCACGAAUGUCCUGCCAUCACUUUUUCAAGUAAAAAUUGGUGACUAUGAUACUCUGGAAAAGUCUUUUGAACUUAGGAACGGGAUCAACCUAAGGGCCAAGCAUUGGAAAACAGAAAGCAGGGAUGCCAAAGCAAGAGAUUGUCGUCGCUUCCUUGCUCUCCAUGGAUUCCUAGAUAAUGCGAGCUCGUUUGACUUACUUGCCCCUCUGCUUUUAAAGCAACUUGGACCUGAACCUGUCGAGAUCGUGGCCCUGGACCUUGCAGGACAUGGUCUGUCAUCACACCGUACAACGGAAGACUAUGCUCUCUGGCGCUAUGUAGAAGAUGCAGAUCAAGUUGUAGAGCAAUUGGGAUGGCAAAGGCAUGGUAUUAUUGGCCAUUCUAUGGGUGGUGCUAUCUCCACCAUUUAUGCUGGUUUAUAUGAAUCAAGAUUGACACUUUGUAUCCUUCUCGAUAAUUUUGGACCACUGACGCGAGAUGUGGAAGACCAACCGCAACAUCUCUUGGAGCAUAUCCAAGAAAAAAAAGCCUUAGCCACCAAGCGAUUACCCUUCCACCCGACUAUUGAAUCUGCUUGCAGGGCCAGGAGCCAAGGUACUUAUGGGAUCCAACCAGAAUUCGCUCGUAACUUGAUGCCCAGAGGUUUGCGCCCUAUAGAGCGCACGUUAGAUGACGGCACUGUUGCACAAGGAUGGACUUGGACCACUGACCGAUUCCUCACGAUCCGUAGUCCACAAUCAUUAUCAGAAGCAUACGUAAAAGCAUUCAUGAGCCGGAUCUGUUGCCCUGUCCUUGCUGUGUUGGCAGAAGGCGGACUGCUACCACUGACGAAGGUUAGCGACGAGCGAGAGGGAUGGAUCACAAAAGGCAAAGUCACCAUCAAGGGUGUUCCUGGGAACCAUUCUGUCCACAUGGAGGACGCCUCUAUGGUGGCAGAAAGCAUAUCAAGCUGGGUGCUUGAACAGAAUGUUGGUGAAAUUGCUCGUCUCUGA